AAGCAAAUCCUAAGGUUAAAACAAAGAAUCCUAAAACAAGAAGAAGAUAAAGUGAACAACAACAACCCAUGUUCACUUUUUCUUUUGUUUCUCUCUCUGCAUUGAACAUAUAGACUUAAGAAAGAUAAAGGCUCUAGCUAGGGUUUGCAGUUCCUUUUGUUCAUUUCUUUCACAAAUUUGGUUGACCAGUAGAACUGAAAAGAGGAUCAGUUGUUACCCAAGAGAAGAAAGUGGAAAAUAAAAAAAUAUAUAAGAAGGGGAUGGGUAGAGGAAGAGUGGAGCUGAAGAGGAUAGAGAACAAGAUAAAUAGGCAGGUUACUUUUGCAAAGAGGAGAAAUGGAUUGCUUAAGAAAGCUUAUGAACUCUCUGUGCUUUGUGAGGCUGAGGUUGCUCUCAUCAUUUUCUCUAAUCGUGGCAAGCUUUAUGAAUUCUGCAGCUCCAACAAUAUGCUCAAAACCCUUGAUAGGUACCAAAAGUGCAGCUAUGGUACAUUGGAAGUCAACCGAUCAAUCAAAGAUAAUGAGCAAAGCAGCUAUAGGGAAUACUUGAAACUCAAAGCCAAAUAUGAGUCACUGCAGCGAUAUCAAAGACACCUUCUUGGAGAAGACUUGGGGCCUCUGAAUAUCGAUGAUCUUGAUCAUCUUGAAGUCCAACUAGAUACUUCCCUCAAACACAUUAGGUCCACCAGGACACAACUGAUGCUUGACCAGCUUACUGAUCUUCAAUCUAAGGAGAAAUUGUGGGUUGAGGCUAAUAAGGUACUUGAAAGAAAGCUGGAAGAAAUAUAUGCUGAAAACAAUCUGCAGCAACCAUGGGGAGGUGGUGAGCAAAGUGUCACUUAUGGUCAGCAACAUGCUCAAUCUCAGGGUUUCUUUCAACCUCUAGACUGCAACUCUACUUUGCAAAUUGGGUACGAUCCAAUAACUACUUCAAGCCAAAUAACAGCAGUAACAAAUGCUCAAAACGUCAAUGGUAUGGUGCCUGGUUGGAUGCUGUGAAUGUCCCUCAAAAGUCCAACUUUCACUUAUCUUUAGCAUUGAAUAAUAGCUUAUACUAUUAAGUAAUAAAGGAAAACCGCAGUUAUCUAUCUGAGGAGUACUGUAAAUUCACCUUUUUCAUUUCUUUCUGAUUUUUUAGCUAAACUUUAUGGACAAUAUUAAGGUGAAUGUUUUGAAAUAUUCUCGAGCUAUGUUGCUUUGAAAUGUUCUAUUAAUAUCAUAAGGUGGAUGUUACUGACUA